GCAAGUUGUAAAUAGAGUAAUAAAAUUAUUUAUUUUAAAAAAAUAUUUAGCAGAAUGUCAAAAAGUUGUAUGUUUUUUAUGCCCAUAUUAAUACUUCUCCAAGGUGCUGUAUAUUUGUGGCUUUCCAUCUGGGGUUUAGUUUUACGAGAAUGUAGUCAACAAAUAACCGAUAUAGCCAAACAACCGUUUCAGUAUGUCAUGGAUCUAAUAUAUUUCUAUGAUGAUGCCUGCGGACAACCUGCUGUUUUAGUACCAGGUAAUACUGCGGCCAUCUCUAUGAACCUGACUGACACUGCUGAACCGACCGAAACUCGUACUUUUAUAUUUUUAAUUUGUUACGUAAUCAUUAGCACUCUGUGGAUUUUAACUUCUUUGUGGUCUAUGUUAACCAGUUUGUGUUCAGCUCACAGAAAUUUAAAACUUCUAAGUUUUGGUUCUUGGUUUACAGUCGUACUAGCGGGAAGUGUUUUGGAUGCUGUUGCUACGGGUUAUCACAUACAUAAUUUAGUUCAUACUACGUCGGCCAAUAAAACAUUCGAAUAUUUGGGCAUUACUACUACAAGCUCUACUAUGGAUUAUAUCCGUAGUUUCGAUGAAUAUUUUGUGGCGCCAUCAAUUGUUAUGGCUGGCGUUAGUUCCAGAAUCAUUUUGAUAUGGCUUCUUAACAUAUCAGGUUCGAGCAGUUGCUUGUCAAUUGUACUGAAUUCCCCAAAAGAACCUUUAACGACAACUUCAGCAAAUGGAACAACAACUGUAAAUCAGAUUUAAUAAUCUAAAUGCUACGAUCAAAAUAAACCUAAUUAAUUAUACAGAAAAAAAUUAUAUUAAGUUAAAUUUAUAUAACCAGUAUUUCUGUAGUUUGAUUUGAUAUUUAGUUAUUUAACAAUAUAAUAAUACUAAAAUAAAGAAAUAAGAAUGAGAAAGAAAAAA